AUGUUUCUUUCCAUUUUUCUUAUAUACAUUUUACAAGUUCUAUUGGUGAAGUCAAGACUACCUGAGGAUUUUGAAUUCUCUGAUGCAAAUGUUGACGAUAAUCAUAAAUGGGCUGUUUUGGUGGCUGGAUCAAAAGGCUUUUAUAAUUAUAGGCAUCAGGCUGAUGUCUGUCACGCGUAUCAUGUCCUACGUUCAAAAGGUAUUAAACCCGAGCACAUAAUCACAUUCAUGUAUGAUGAUAUUGCACACAAUGAAGACAAUCCUUUCAAAGGAAAAAUUUUCAAUGACUAUCACCAUAAGGAUUACUACAAAGGCGUAGUUAUUGACUACAAACAUGGGAAAGUUAACCCAAAGACUUUCCUACAAGUGUUAAAAGGUGACAAAAGAGCUGGGAAAAAAGUUUUGAACAGUGGAAAGAAUGAUGACGUGUUUAUCUAUUUUACUGAUCAUGGGUCUCCUGGAAGCGUUGAAUUCCCUGAAGAUGAGCUAACUGCAAAAGAAUUGAUAAAUACACUGAAAUACAUGCAUAAGCAUAAACGUUAUUCAAAAUUAGUUUUUUACAUUGAAGCAUGUGAAUCUGGUUCAAUGUUCUCAAAAAUUUUACCGUCAAAUAUGAAUAUCUAUGCAACAACAGCUGCAAAUCCACGAGAAUCUAGUUGGGCUACAUUUUGCAGCGAUCCACAGAUUUCAACUUGUUUGGCAGAUUUAUAUUCAUACGACUGGAUUGUAGACUCUGAAAAACAUGAGUUAACUAAACGUAGUCUUGACGAUCAGUUUAAAGAGGUUAGACGUGAAACAGAUAUGAGCCACGUUCAAAGAUAUGGUGAUUCGAAAUUGGGUAAACUAAAACUUAGUGAAUUUCAAGGCAGUAAAAAGAAAGUUUCCACUGACAACAAUACAACUGUGAUGAAGCCUAAAGAUUCGAUGCCUUCACGAGAUGUUCCAAUCCAUACACUUCGUCGACAAAUAAUGAUGACCAAUGAUGCAAAGGAAAAGAAACUUUUAACGGAAAUACUCAGUCUAAAAAUUAAGAGAAGCAGCAUUAUUCAGGAUACAAUGGAUUUAAUUGUUGAAGUAAUGAAGACAUCAAAGGCAGUUUUUGCAAAUCCAAGUAUUGAUGAUAUUUUAGAUUGUGCAGAAUCAGUUUAUAAUACAUUUAAAAGAAAUUGUUUUACACGUCAACAGGCCCCAGAAGUUUCAGGACAUUUGUCAACAUUAUACAACUAUUGCGAAAAUGGUUAUACUCCUGAUGUGAUCAAUAGAGCAAUAACAAAGAUUUGUAAUUGA